CAUCCUCCCUUACUCCCUACAACGCUCCCCACCCCCUUCGCUCAGUGGUUCGACCCCUCUCGGCCCCACCUCCCCGGGCCUGGGCGCCGGUGCGCAUGCGCGAACUCCAGCUGUGCGCUGCUCUGGCUCCCAGACCCCGGCCGCGCCGCUGGUGCCUCGCGGCCGCGCACAGACCGUUUCCAUGGCAGCAGAGGCCACGCGGUGAGGGGGCCUCCCACCUGGCUCCCAGCUCCCACAGCUGCAUCUCCGGCUCCUUGGCACCGCGAGAUACCGCCCCCGACGGGGCGCCCGCCGAGUGCCCCAGCCCCUAGCCUUUCGGGCCUCUGCAGCCCGGCGAGAAAAGGAGACAUCAGCAGUCUCUCUCUGUGCACAGAGGAAAGACCACGUGAGCACGGCCAGAAGGCACUCGCCCCUGAGCGGGGAAGAGAGCUCUCACCAGGAACCAACCGUGAGAACACCUUGAUCUUGGACUCCCAGCCUCCAGAACUGUCCCGGGACUUCAGAAGACUCCCUCUACACACUGACACCGCCCAGAUCCCUGUCCUUUGACCCGACUCCCCCCUGAGCCCAGAUUGCCUACCCAGUUUCUCCAUUUGGGCAUUUGGUGCCACGACUCUCCGACUCGUUUACCACUGCAGCAGACCUAGUAAAUGCUAACGUUCGUACAGCACAUCGUGGUAAACAGAUGAGGUGUACAGUUCCCAGGUAAAGGUGGCCGGCCCUGGCUGGGGCUGCCGUGGUUCUGGCUGCCCUGGGCCCCACCAGCUGCCCCAGGGGCCGAGAGGACCAAGCCCGCAGGCAUGCCUGUAGGCCGUUCACAGCACACGAACGAAUGGGCUGAGGCGCACGGGUGUGGAACGGGCAUCCUCAAACACGGGUAACAGGAGGCGGGAAGUGUGGUAUCACAGAGCAGGCACAGGACUGGGGGGCAAGGGAUCUGAUGCCAGCUUUACCGCCCACGAUGUGAUCUUGUUCUCCUCUGUUGAGUGGGGCAAACCUCGGCGUUACCAAGCUGUCCGGGUGCCAAGUGACUCAGAGGACAUAACAAUGGCCACUAACACGUUUACUGAGCACCUACCAUACACCAAAGACUGACUGAAUGCUUCAGUUGUAUGUAAACGAUGAGGUCGGCCCGUUUUAUGGCACCCUGUAAGGAUUGCCAGGCGAUAAUGAAGGUUCUUUUACUAAAAGACCCUAAGGAGGAUGACUGUGGCCAAGAUCCAUAUAUCAGGGAACUAGGAUUAUAUGGACUUGAAGCCACUCUGAUCCCUGUUUUAUCAUUUGAGUUUUUGUCUCUUUCCAGUUUUUCUGAGAAGCUGUCUCAUCCUGAAGGCUACGGGGGCCUCAUUUUUACCAGCCCCAGAGCAGUGGAAGCAGUGGAACUGUGUUUGGAGAAAGACAAUAAAACUGAAGUCUGGAAACACUCUCUGAAAGAAAAGUGGAAUGCUAAGUCAGUGUACGUGGUUGGAAGUGCUACGUCUUCUCUAGUGAAUAAAAUCGGCCUGGACACAGAAGGAGAGAGCUGUGGAAAUGCAGAAAAGCUCGCAGAAUACAUUUGUUCCAGGGAGUCACCGGCAUUGCCUCUCCUGUUUCCCUGUGGAACCGUCAAAGGGGAAAUCCUGCCGAAGAUGCUCAAGGACAAAGGGAUUCCCAUGGAAAGCAUCAUCGUCUAUCAGAAGGUCCCACACCCAGGAAUCCAGGUGAACCUCCACAGCUACUAUUCUCAGCAGGGCAUCCCAGCGAGCAUCACGUUUUUCAGCCCCUCUGGCCUCACCCACAGCCUCAAGCAUAUUCAAGAGUUAUCUGGUGACAACAUUGGUCGAAUCAAGUUCGCCGCCAUCGGCCCCAGCACCGCCCGUGCGCUGGCCGCCCAGGGCCUGCCUGUGAGCUGCACGGCCGAGAGCCCCACGCCACCAGCCCUGGCCAAGGGCCUCAGGUUGGCGCUUCAGGCCCCCGGCUGCUGAGUCACUGGCACUUCCGGCCGCGCGGCUGUCCCGGACCCGGGCACCGCACCACCACUGCUGCGGGGAAGCCAGGCAUCAGCGGGCUCCCCGGACUUCUGCCUCAUGCCUCCGCGGACCCGCGGGGACACCGGGAGCAGGGUGGGCCCCAGGGCUGGCGUCGGGCUUGGCCGGCGCCCCCGGCUCCCAGGCCCGGCCGGGGCUCCUCCGGCAGCAGGAAGGAAACCAAAUAAAGCACCGGCUCCCCGAGCUGACUGCGUUGUCA